CUCUCCGGGCAAAGAUGGCGGAGCGUGGUUACAGCUUUUCGCUGACUACAUUCAGCCCGUCUGGUAAACUUGUCCAGAUUGAAUAUGCUUUGGCUGCUGUAGCUGGAGGAGCCCCUUCAGUGGGAAUUAAAGCUUCAAAUGGUGUAGUAUUAGCAACUGAGAAGAAACAGAAAUCCAUUCUGUAUGAUGAGCGAAGUGUACAUAAAGUGGAACCAAUUACCAAACAUAUAGGCUUGGUGUAUAGUGGCAUGGGCCCAGAUUACAGAGUGCUUGUGCACCGAGCUCGGAAACUGGCUCAGCAAUACUAUCUUGUUUACCAAGAGCCCAUUCCCACAGCCCAGCUGGUACAGAGAGUAGCUUCUGUGAUGCAAGAAUAUACCCAAUCAGGUGGUAUUCGUCCAUUUGGAGUUUCUUUACUAAUUUGUGGUUGGAAUGAGGGACGCCCAUAUUUAUUUCAGUCAGAUCCAUCUGGAGCAUACUUUGCCUGGAAAGCCACAGCAAUGGGAAAGAACUAUGUGAAUGGGAAAACUUUCCUUGAGAAAAGAUACAACAAAGAUCUAGAACUUGAAGAUGCCAUUCAUACAGCCAUAUUAACCCUGAAGGAAAGCUUCGAAGGGCAAAUGACAGAAGAUAACAUAGAAGUUGGAAUCUGCAAUGAAGCUGGAUUUAGGAGGCUAACUCCAACUGAAGUUAAGGAUUACUUGGCUGCCAUCGCAUAGUAAUGAAGUGACUGGAAAAUCCGGAAUUUCAGAUAAUCUCUAUACCUAAACAUGUUUAAACUAUGUUUUGUUUUGUUUUGCAGACUUUUUGCAUACUUAUUUCUACAUGGUUUAAUGGACCUAUGUUUUUAAAAUGUCACUUACAAAUCAUAAUAAACUGUUAAUUC